UCAGUGCUGAGCUAACUGCAUCCUGCGGCUCCGUAUCUGGAUGACGGCCACUUGCCCGUCACAUCCGCUAUUCUUUCCUUCUCUUUUAAUGUAAAAUGGCGGCGCCCGGCAGCGACCAGGUGGCGAGUGUUGGUCGGAUGUUGUUGGACACAAGCCUUCCGUUACCGGACAGAUUUCGCGCACUCUUCACUCUACGCAACCUUGGCGGAGCAGAGGCUGUGGACUGCAUCGGGCGCGGCUUUGGCGAUGAGUCGGCGCUCCUUAAGCAUGAAUUGGCUUAUUGCUUGGGGCAAAUGGGAGAUCGCAGGGCGCUGCCCAUACUGAGAGCCGUGCUUGAGGACCGCAGUCAGGAGCCUAUGGUGCGCCAUGAAGCAGGUGAAGCUUUGGGGGCUAUCGGAGAUCCUGAAGUUCUGGUGCUGCUGAGAAAAUAUAGCCAUGAUUCUGUUAUAGAGGUUGCAGAAACAUGUAAGCUUGCCAUUCAAAGAAUAGAAUGGCUUCAGAGAAACCCGGAUUUUUCUGAUGAUAACCCUUUCUUGUCUGUGGACCCUGCUCCUCCUGCUGAGGAAAGAGAUGUACCAUUUCUGCGUGCGAUCUUAUUGAAUGACAACUUGCCGCUAUUUGAACGUUAUCGUGCCAUGUUUGCUCUACGAAAUAUUGGUGGAAGGGAUGCAGUCCUGGCAUUGACAGAUGGUCUCCAAUGUGGUGGCUCUCUUUUCCGCCAUGAAAUUGGAUAUGUGUUGGGCCAGAUACAGCAUGAAGCAGCGGUUCCAGGGCUUUCAGCAGCAUUGGAUCGAUUAGAAGAGAAUCCAAUGGUCCGUCAUGAGUGUGCUGAAGCUUUAGGAUCUAUUGCACAAGAAGAUUGUUUAAAAAUGCUUAGAACACACAUUGGGGACCUAGAACAGGUAGUUAGAGAAAGCUGCGAGGUGGCGUUGGAUAUGUAUGACUAUGAGAACAGUGGGGAAUUUCAGUAUGCAAAUGGUCUUAGCCAAAACCAGGAGCUGGCCUCUUAAUUUGGAUGCUGAAUAUUUAUAAAGGAAUGCUUUAUGCUAGCCUUACAUAAUGGACUAAAGAACUGCAUUACCAUUUUCAAUGUAGGGUUAGUUGUAAAAGGGAUCAAACAUUGUAUUCUAUAUUGUAUGAAUCAAACCUUAUCUUCAAGGACAUUAUUAUAAUGCAGCUUUUCUAAUAUCUGUGCAUUUUGAAAAAGCAGUGUUGAAGCAGUAUAGUGCGGUCAGUUCUGUGCUUGGAACAUCUCCUCUUCCAGAUGAAUUCUGGAAUUAAAUAAAAAAAAAUAAAACAUU